AUGGCGGACAGCAUGGAAGGCGUCGUCACCGCGGCGGAGAAGCCCACGGCCGAGCAGACAGAGCAGCAGGCCAUUGCCGACAUUCGCAGCAACUUCGCCCUGCUCGAGCGCGCCGUCGCCCAGUUCGACUCGCGCUUCGCCCUGCGCGCCCUGCGCUCCAUAUCCUCGCUCCGCAAGCGCCUCACCGACCGCGUGCUGUGCUCCGUCAUCAUCCUGACGUACUCACCCAACAAUGCCACGGCCCGCACCUUCAUCGAGUACAUUGGCAUGGACGGCGAGGCCAUACAGAGCGUCGUCUCGCAGUACAAGGAGGAGGUGCAGGCGAACAAGACCAGCGCCAAGGAGCCCCUGCCCGAGAUUGAUGUCUACAUUGCCAUCCUGAUACAGGUCUACCUCUACGACCAGAAGGAGCACGACGAGGGCGCAGAGUUCUCGGAGAAGCUGGUCGACAAGAUCCGCGACAUGAACAGGCGGACGCUCGACUCGCUGGGCGCAAAGGCCUACUUCUACUUCUCGCUCUUCCACGAGGAGCUCGACCCCAAGCCUCCUUCCAAGCAGUCGCCCGUCAUCAACAUCCGCGGCAAGCUGCUGGCAGCCAUGCGCAGCGCCGUCCUCCGAAAGGACCCAGAUACACAGGCUUCCGUCACCACGCUGCUCCUCCGCAACUACAUCUCCACCGCCGACAUCACACAAGCCGAUCUCCUCGUUGCCCAGACACAGUUCCCGCCCAACGCCCCCAACAACCAGGUCGCCCGGUACCUCUACUACCUCGGUCGCAUACGCGCCAUCCAGCUCUCCUACACCGAGGCACACGAGCACCUGACCAGCGCCACUCGCAAGUCGCCCUCGGGCAACGUGGCCACUGGCUUCUACCAGGCCUCGAUGAAGCUGCUGAUCGUCGUCGAGCUGCUCAUGGGCGACAUUCCCGACCGCGAAGUCUUCAGCCAGCCCCGCAUGGAGCGCGCGCUGCAGCCCUACUUCCGUCUGGUCCAGGCCGUCCGUGUGGGUGAUCUGCAGGGCUUCCUCAAGGUAGUGCAAACACACUCUGCCACCUUCCACAAGGACCAGACCUACACUCUGAUUCUACGUCUGCGACAGAACGUCAUCAAGACGGGCAUCCGCAUGCUGUCGCUGUCGUACUCGCGCAUCUCACUCCGCGACAUCUGCAUCCGCCUGGGCCUCGAGAGCGAGGAGUCGGCCGAGUACAUUGUCGCAAAGGCCAUCCGCGAUGGCGUGAUCGAGGCAUCCAUCGACCACGAGAAGGGCUUCAUGCAGACAAAGCAGGCAGGGGACAUCUACGCAACCCGCGAGCCUGGCGAGGCUUUCCACGACCGCAUCCGGGCGUGCCUGACGCUGCACGACGAGUGCGUCAAGGCCAUGCGCUACCCCAUGAACCAGCACAGGCUGGAGCUGAAGAACGCCCAGGAGGCCAGGGAGCGCGAGCGUGAGCUAGCAUCGGAGAUUCAGGAGGGAGACAUUGACGACGACGAUGCGGGAGGAGAUUUUGACGGAUUGUAG